UGGGACAAGCGCCCUACUCCUUGAGCCACAGGAGCUGCCCUCGUUUCUUUUCUUUUCUUUUUUGAGAGUGUCUCACUCAUUUGCGCUGUGUAGAGUGCGCUUGUGUCAUCGCUUACAGCAAACUCAAACUCAGGCUUGCCUCAGCCUCUUUUUCUUUUGGUAUACACAAAUCCAAUUCUCCUAGUUCCAUUUGUUGAAGAGAUUGGCCAGGUACCUCUUAGCAGUGCAGCCUCCACUUGCGCAGAGCCACGCUGCCAGCAGUCAGACUGCACCCGGUUGGAUGCGCAGCGGCGAGCGCAUUGGUUCUCAGGGUGAGCAGAAAAAGGACCGACCUCGUCUUUUGCAUGCACGUUCUUCCGGGGCUGUGCUCGGUUCUUCUCGGCUCGGCGGAACUACAACUCCCAGCAUGCACCCUGCGGGGCGGGAAACCCAGAAGGGGAAAGGAAGAGCCAGACUGUGGUACGGAGACCGGCUCCCGCCAACCCUUUGCAAAGCUUUGACCUGCGCUAGCUGUGCGACAGCCGAAACCACACGCCUUUGCCUCUAUCCCUCCUCAGCCUAGCCCUCUGGUCGAUCUGGACUAGUUUUUUCCCGAAGUUUCCCGUGGGCACUAAUUCUUGAAGGAGACCAGCCGCAGCCGAGAGUUUCGCAGGCCGGGCUAACCCGAGGCGAGGUUGGGAGCAGGGGCCGGCAGCCAGGAGAGAGCGUCCGGUUUCUCCUGGAAAGAGUGGGCUGCCCAGCUGGGACCCAGAGGGGGACAGGGGAUCCCGGCGGGGUGCGGAAGUGCACAAGCCCUUCCGGCUAGAGUGGGACCAUCGGCGGGCCAGCUUCACCCUACAGAAGCCCCCUUUAGGUUCCAGGUUGAGCCUCGGCCACUAUGUCCCACCAGCUUCCUCUGGGCUCCAGCUGCCUGGACCUGUGGAGGGAAAAGAACGACCAGCUCGUUCGACAGGCCAAGGUGGCUCAGGGCUCUGGUCUGCCGCUGAGGCGACAGCAGUUGGCUCAAGGGCUAGAAGGGCUCAGGGAGCUCCUUCAUAGUCUGCAAGGGCUUCCUGCAGCUGUUCCUGUUCUCCCUUUGGAGCUGACUGUCAUCUGCAACUUCAUUAUCCUGAGGACAAGCCUGACCCAGGGUUUUACUGAAGAUCUGGCUCAAUAUAUCCAACAGGGCCUAGAAAGAGUGCUGGAAACCCAGGAACAGUUGGGGCCCAGGUUGGAAUGGGAACUCAGGGAGCUGUGGGAGUCUGUCCUGCAUGUUUCCUCCCUUCUGCCGGAGCUGCUUCCUGUCCUGCACCAUCUUGCUAGCCUGCAGGCUGCCCUCUGGCUGAGCACUGACCACCUUAGGGACCUGGCCUUCCUGCUGCAGAUCCUGAAUGGCAGCCAGAGUGGAGCCUCUGAAGAUCUGCUGUUGCUUCUGAAAACUUGGAGCCCCACUGCUAAGGAAUCAGAUACUCUAUUGACCCUGCAGGAUGCCGAGGAAUUGAGGGACAUCCUUCUGACAGCAUUUACUUACCGCCAAGGUCUCCAGGAACUGAUUACAGGGAAUCUGCCCAAGGCACUAAGCAGCCUACAUGAAGCAGCCUCAGGUCUGUGUCCACGGCCUGUGUUGGUCCAGGUGUACACGGCACUGGGGACUUGUCUCCGUAAGAUGGGAAAUCCACAGAGAGCACUGCUGUACUUGAUUGAAGCUCUGAAAUGUGGAUCAGCCUUAGGUCCCCCACUUCUGGAGGCCUCUAGGCUAUAUCAGGAACUGGGAAACACAGCAGCAGAACUGGAGAGUCUGGAGCUGCUGGUUGAGGCCUUGAGUAUCACCCACAGUUCUGAAGCCCCUCAGCUUUUCAUUGAGAUAGAAUUGCUGCUUCCACGACCUGACCCAGCCUUGUCCCUUCACUGUGGCACACAGAGCCAGGCCAAGCACCUGCUAGCAAGCCGAUGCCUACAGAUAGGGAGGGCAGAAGAUGCUGCAGAGCAUUACCUGGACCUGCUAGCCCUGUUGCUGGAUGGCUCGGAGCCCAGGUUCUCCCCGCUCCCCUCCCCUCCAGGACCCUGUAUGCCUGAGGUAUUUUUGGAGGCAGCAGCGUCAUUGAUCCAAGCAGGCCGAGCUCAGGACGCCUUGACUGUAUGUGAGGAACUGCUUAGCCGCACAUCAUCUCUGCUACCCAAGAUGUCCCAUCUAUGGAAAGAAGCCAGAAAAAGAAUCAAGGAACUGCCACACUGCCCACUCUGGAUCUCUGCCACCCACCUGCUUCAGGGUCAGGCCUGGGUACAGCUUGGAGCCCAAAAAGAAGCAGUUAAUGAAUUUAGCUGGUGCUUGGAGCUACUCUUCCGGGCUACAUCUGAGGACAAAGAACAAGGGGCAGCUUCCAUACCCAACUGUGAGCAAGGGUGUAAGUCAGAUGUGGCACUGCAGCAGCUUCGUACAGCCGCCCUGAUUAGUCGUGGACUGCAAUGGGUAGCCAGUGGCCAGGAUACCAAAGCCCUACAGGACUUCCUCCUCAGUGUGCAAAUAUGUCCAGGUCUCUUCCCCUGUACCUAAAAAUGUGUUUUAACUGGAUCCGUCCCUCUGAUUAUGAAACCCUCCUUGAGGAGUUUCAGACAUCUCUUCUGGAGCCUCAGAACCUGUAGCUGCUACAUUUCCAAGAGCUUAAACUGGGGCCCCAGUGGGCUAUCUCUGUGGGGAGGGCUUUUUGCUUUACCAUUCUUGGGGAGUGUGGCUGGAGUUGACAUUCCUGUAUAAGUCCUGCACUGAUGUGGUUGGUGGUAGUCCUGAAAAAUUUGGCCUAGUUACUACCAUUCUAGUUCUGGAGGAAACACUGCCACCAAGUCAUUGACUUGCCUGUGACACCUUUUUUCUUGUUUUCUCUUUUCUUGUGUUGAGUAAAAUCUCACCUUUAUCUCUG